UUCUUUCAAAAUUCAAGCAAAUUUAAAUGAAAAUUAAUUGUCACUUUUUCUUAAACAAAAAUAUAUUUUUUUAAUUAAAAUUUUUAGUUAUUUGAGCUCAAAAUUAGUGCAGAAGCCAAUUUAGAUAACAGAAGCAAAGAAAGAGUGUUAAAUUUUGAUUUGAGAUAACAAAAUGGCAAGUGGAAUAGUUUGUGGACGACCCAUGGGUGGAAGAGGACGACGAUCAAAACGUCAUCGUUCAGGCGGACGUCGUUCGAGUGGACGUUGUCUAAAACCAGGCCCAGUGGGGCGUAAUCCCUAUUUAAAUUUCUUAAGAAAAUUUCGUAAAGAAAAUUGUGGUUUAUCGCCUAUUGAAACAAUACAGGAAGGAGCUAAAGAGUGGAAACGUUUAAAGAAAGAGGACAGAUUAAAAUUUAUAGAAGAAGCUUUUUAUGCGCCUAAAAGAAGAAGACAAAGCAACAUGUCAAGCAGAGCUCGAUCCUCAAGACGACGCACUUCCCGAAGAGCUGGUCGAUCCAGAGGUCGUGUGUGUUAAAUGUAAAGAUUUUGUUUAAUUAAAAAUUUGUAAUUUUGUUAAAGUUAUUACAAAUAAAUUAAUGUUUAAUUGAAAACCAA